AUGAUGAACGGUUUCUACAAAAAAAAAAAAUCAGCCACUUCUCCUUUUAUUCCUAAGCCGUGUGUUGGAUUCCGUCGAAUAGAUCGUUCGUUCGCGUUGGUCAAGAUCUACGGCAUGGAUCGGGAAGAAAGGUCGCUCGUUUUUUGGUCAAUAUCCUCGCGUCAAGGCGAGGCUUGUUUCGUUGUAUUGGAUCGUUUUCGCUCGGCCCGACGGCUCAACAGCCAGCACUCGAGACUCAGCCAAGGAGGACAUCAGGCGCUGUCGGGGUGACGAGUAGCUGGGGCUUGGCUGCGGCCUGUCAGUCCCUGGGACCUCUAGCUCUGGCUUCGACCCCCUCCCUUGGCCCUCGGGUGUGUUCCCCUCCUCCUCCCUCCUCUCUGUCUUAGUAUUCCUGGUUCUCCGUGUUUCCAGUCGUGAAUGUUUGUAUAUUCUCCCCUUUUCUUUCUCUAGGCGCUCUUGCCUGGUUUCGAGUAUCUUCGCUCCCGCUCUUGGACGUGAAGCGGCAGCAGUACUCACCGCCCGUUGGAGUCCGCGUUAGGUGCUCGGCGGUUUUGAUCUGCGCAGCGCUCUUUGCGCGCAGGGGUUGACUUUCACCAAUUGCUUGCCGUCGUUGCUUUAUAACCUCUUUUAGCUCUUUUUCUAGCGGUCCCAGCCACCCGAAGGAUUGCAAUUUAUGAGCCCAGUAAAAAUAAAAAAUAAAACACACACACACAACACACACACACACACAACACACACACACACACACACACACACACACACACACACACACAAGUGAGUUUCUGUGGUGUAGAGUGAGUAGUUGACCUCCAAGCGAGUGAUUCAUCACUCAACACGCAAACGCGUGAAGCGGUCACUGGAGGAACCGCGAAUCCUCCAGCUUGGUCGCCCGAGGCAACUCAGGUCCGGUUGGACCAUGAGAAGCUGAUGAAGAAGACCUUCCAAGUGCUCGGGAUUGUUCCCUCCAGCAAGUCGACCCGCCGACUGAUGGUCCUGAUGCACGACGCCUCGACCCCGCCUUCGCAGGCGCCAGCGCUCGCACGAGCCGCCCAAAGAGCGGUGCGAAACGACGCAGCCCCGGCCUCCAAUGUGAUUCGAGUCAUUAUGGAUGGUCCUGGAUCACCCAGAGGUCCUGUACAGACCGCGCUGCGCAAGCACUUUGGAUUGGCCGAGACGCCGUUCAUGUUCGCGCGGCCCGAGGGCGUCGUGCUUGACCCCGAGGUCGAGAAGCUUUUCUCGAAAUGCGUGAAGCUGAACCCGAUUGUGACGAAAGCCACGAAGAGGUUCCCGAUCGCUCGUCACAUGUACGAGCUUGUAUUCGAAUCCGAGCAAGCUUGUCUUGAAGCCGCUUCAGCGGGCCCAUUCCCCUACCACGGCAAGGAGAUGGUUACCGAGCUCCCCAGCGCCUCUCCCCUUAACCACGUCGUGCAGGUGCGAUUCACCUUGCCCUCCUCCUCCAGCGCGAUCCCCGCUUCCGUGCUCCGAAAAUCUCUCGAUGAUGCUAUCACCCUUUCGUUCGGCCGCGCAGGUCGCACGCAAGGUUAUACCCUGAUGCAAUUACAGCGGGGCCUCGCGGUCGAUCCGAAUGGCGAUCCGAUGGCCAUGACCGAAGACGGGUUCCACUGCGCGUACCUUCGCUUACAUGCUGAUCUUUUCCAAGGCUCCAUCGAGACGCAGAAGGGUGCGCUCAACGCCGCUUUGCCACAAGAGAUCGAGAUCCUGGGCGCCAAGUACGGCUUGCGACACGAAUUCGAGACGCACUACUGCGCGGUGUGCGAUCGCGCCGGACACCAGUGGGGCGCUUGCAGGAAGCCGGUUUCGACUCCGGCCACCGCCGCCCCUGUUCCGGGGGCCUCGACCUCGACUUCGACUUCGACCACCGGCUUCCGAGUUGCUGGAAAGAAUGGGAAGCACGGUGGGCCUGCCGCAUUGAACUCUCGUGUCUCUGGCGCGAACAUGAUCCAGCUGGGACCUCGUGCUAACCCCGCAGGUGCAGUAACCGCCAACAAGGACGACGCGAACGACGGCGACGACGAGUCGAUCGUUUCGACCGAACCGGAGGGCGGCGACACUGGGGAAGAGACGUCGACGCGUGCGACCCUGGGCUCAACAAAGGAGACGCAGACGACGACGGCGGCGCCCGUUUCGACCCCGACCUCUCCUUCGCCUUUGUCCGGUGGCACGUCGGGAUCAUCGGCAACCUCGACAACCUCGAUAGCCUCGACGAGUCCUCGACGCCUUCGUUCGAGCUCGGCACCCGGCAACCGACGUGUCACCCGGGCAGGAUCCGCCAUGAUCCUCGGUGCAUCAGGGGGUGAUGGCUCAGGGGGCAACAGUUCAGGGGGUCACAGGUCCGAGGUGACCGAAUUCGAGGGGGGCGGCGCUGAACUGAUUUAAUCAUGAUUGAGUCACUCACCGUGUUGACGUUCAACGUCCGAUCGAUGAAGAACGCAGUCAACCAAGUCAAAAUCAUCCGUUAUCUCAAAACCCUUCGGCCGGCCCCUGCGGCCAUCCUCCUGCAAGAGCACCACCUCAGCUACAACGCGUCGCGCGAAGGCUUCGAGAGUGCUUGGCCGGGGGCUUGUAUUCGUUUCACUCCUCAUGUCCUUACCCUCAUACCCGAUGGCUCACCUUUGGCGGGCCAUCUCCUUUCCUCUACCCCGGUCGUCUUUGCAGGAGCUCCUCGUUUCGACGGUCGGAUUCUGCGCUCGGUGUUUCGUCUUGAGGAGCUCGAUGUCGAGAUCAUCAACAUGUACGCGCCGGUGCAGGAGGACGAUCGUCGCGACUUUUUCGGGCUUCUGCACUUCAACGCCCCGAGACCCAAGACUCUUCGGAUCUUGGCCGGCGAUCUCAACGAUUGUCCGGAUGUAUCGGUCGACCGAGUGUCCAUCACCGAUCGCGCUUGGACUCCUGUAUCGCACUGGCAGACCUUGCUGUCAAAGAUCGCGUUCAAGGCACUCGACACGGUCCGACAUGUCCAUUCUUGCACCCCUGCAUUCACUCGUCCUCACUACCGUGGUAGAGGGGAAGAGCGAAAGAUUUGCUCGUGGUCGCGGAUCGACUAUAUUCUUGUCCAAUGCAGUUGGGCGAACCGGUUGUUGAGCGCUUCUACGCUCUUCGAUGCGCCCUGUUCGGACCACAGACCUGUAGUUGCGACUUUCGCUUUGCCUACAUCGAACGCUGAUGCCGAACCCCCCCUUUCUCUUCCCUCCACGAGCGAUUUCAUUUCGAGGCUCAACCCAAUGGUCUUUGACGAUCAAGACUUUGUCGCAUCGAUUCCCGGGGUCGUCGACGAGGUCUAUCGAAGGCUCGAGGGGACCGCUCCGCUCGGCGACGUCUAUGACGCCGCUCUGCGGGCGGUUGCAGUCGCUGGCCAUGCACGAUACCGCUCGACUCGUGCCGACAUGCGCCGACUGCGGGCCGAGAGCCAAUCCGUCAUGGAGGCUUUGGAGGCACGCGGUGAGCACAUGAAUGAGGCCGAGCGCGAUGCGUAUGCUCUUGCCAAGUCGCGGUUGGACCAGUUGGCGGUAAAGGAGGCUCAGUGGCUGCGCAUUCGUGCGCAUGUGCCGUCAGUCGACUCGAGGGAAGGUCAAUCGGCAAGCAUUCGCACGCGCCUCAACCGCCGGAGUCGCCAGACGAGCAUCGUCUCGCUGGAGGAUGUGGAUGGCACCGAGACCGUUGACAUGCAGGAGGCGCUGGGUAUUGCUUCACGGCACGCGCAGUCGCUCUUCACGCCGGACCCAGCUCGUGGCGACCCGACGAACGCACGCCGGUCCCUGCUCGACCCUAUUCGCGCAGCGAAAUGCUACGAUGACGACCGCUCGGACCCUACGUUCGGUCGUCGGCUGCCUCGUCAAGCGAGAGUGGCGCUUGACGAGCCCUUCACCCUCCUCGAGGUUGAAGCGGCGUUGAAGAAGACGGAUUCGGGGCGAUCACCGGGGCCCUCGGGCAUUCCGUACGAGCUCUUCAAGGCGCUGCCAACCUACUUUGCUCCCAAGCUGUUGGACUUGUUCAACUCGAUUUGGGAGGGCGGCAAAAUGACGGCGUCCUUGGCAGAGGGACUGGUGCGGCUCUUGCCCAAGAAUAAACCGGGGGCCAAUCUGAAAUCACUGGGGGCAUACCGACCGAUCACAUUGCGCGAGACGACCUACAAGGUCCUCAGCAAGGUCUUGGUGGCGCGACUCAAUGGGGUGCUCGGCGAGCUUUUACCGCCGGCGCAACACGGUUUCAUGCCAUCAAGACGUUCAGCGGACGCGGGAAGUCAUCUCACUCUCCUUCUCGAAAAACUCAAGUCGCUAGGCACUGAUGUUUUCCCCGAGGGCGCCCUCUUGUCUUUGGAUCAGCAGAGCGCGUACGAUCGGGUCGAUCACGCCUGGAUCUUCGAGGUCUUUGAGGCCUUUGGGUUCGGUGAGCGUUUCAUCUCGCUGCUGCGCGCUCUCUACGAUCCCGAGACUCUGGGGGUGCGCUACCUUGUCAAUGGGUUCCCCACGGACUUGGUGCGGUUGCUGUGUGGUCUCGGUCAGGGGGAUCCCCUCUCGUGCCCGGUUUGGAACAUCACGUUCCAGCCCUUCCUCGACGCCCUCGUUCGGCGCGGGAUCGCGCUCGACCUGCAGAAGGUGUGGCCAGGGGGGCCGCGUGCGCAGCUUACGCAUCUGGCGUUUGCCGACGAUGCUGUGGUGGUGGUGGAGUCACCGGCGGCAUUGUCGAAGCUGCAAACGCUGUCGCAGACGUGGUACGAGGCUACCAACGGGAAGACCAACACGGACAAGACGCUGGUGCUACCACUCGGACCGAACUGGCUUCGGGACGAGACUGCGCAGGCGCUGCCAACGGUGCAGGAGGGGGAGAGCUUCAAGUGGUGCGGCUAUGCCUUCUUUCGCCACGGUGACUCGAAACUGUUUUGGACCCAUGUUCUUGACAGGAUCAAGGCCAAGACCCGCGCCGCUCGAGACCGGACACUUUCGCCGAGUGGGAAGGUUUUCUAUGCCAACGCUCACAUCAUCUCGACGGUCCUCCACGUGCUGUCCUUCGACAUACCGCCUCAAUGGUUCAUUAAGGCGGCGGAGACGGCACUUACGGACUUUGUCUGGGGAGGAGCAGGGCGAAAUACCGUCGCUCGCGAUUUCGUGUUCCAGGCUCGGGAGGACGGUGGCUUGGGUUUGAUUUCGAUUGGCGACAUCGUUCAUUCGGUGGCGCUUCGAUUUUGGGAUGCUGUGGCGGGCUCGGACGAGGCGAUCUGGGCGCCCCUAGCUCGCGAGAGCUGGAGGUGCCUCGUCGCUGCGACCCGCGAUUUCAGUCCGUGGGGGUUCUUCAGCAGCACGGCUCGGGUCGAGAAGCUGUAUCGCGACUCGACGCGCUGGGGGGCAGUCGUUGCAGCGGCCAGGGUCACAGUUCCAACCAUCAAGUCCGAACUCCUUACGCUUCCCGAAUUGCUCUCGCUUCCGCCUCGCCUCCCUUCACUCUAUGCUGAAGGUGCCCAGCACGCAUAUGACGAUGCGGACGCGGUGGCGAAGUUUGCGCAGAUCGCGGACCUGUACUGGAGGGACGAAGGGAAGGGAUGGGCUCUGGUUGGUCAUCGACGCGGGUUCUGGCAGCACUCUAAGGAACCCGCCCUACAGCACGAGCACGUGUGGUCGCGCGUGGGUCAGUUGCUCAAGGCGAAAGCGUUGCUGCCCAAGACCGCGUUGCGACCUGCUCGGAUACCUCUCAAGGAGGCUCCCCGUCCUCGGUGCUUCAACUUCUUUGGGCUCUCCCGACCUUUUACGAUUCGCAAGCUUCGUCGGCUUGUGAACAAGGUGCGGUUCCCAGGGAGGGAGGACCGUGUCAAGCGUUUCCCUGAUGGGACUUCUCAGAGCGAUAGGAAGCGCUUCUGGAGAUGGCUUCAUGACCGGUUCGCGUCUGCUGUCGAGCAGGACACCCACUGGCGGUUCAUGUACGACGUGACGCCGACGCGCAAGAGGCAGUAUACUCAGGGUCAUGCCUCUUCGCCGACGUGUCUGUUCUGCGGCAACGAUGCAGCGGUCAUCGAGACGGUGUCCCACUACUUUUUCGAGUGCGCGUACUCGACCAGCUUCUGGGGUGGGGUGCUACGCAUUCUGCUUGACAAGCUCGGCAUCGAGGAUACCGACGUCGAUCCGUCGACGUUCACUCCGGAGCAGCUGACUAUGGGGCUCCCCCUUUUGCGGGGUCGUGGGAGAACGACCUCGAAAUGGAUGUGGGUUCGGCUGGCCUGCGCGAUCGGCUUCCAGCGGCUGCACCUGCUCCGCUGGCGCGUUCAUCAGCGGUUCGAGCUGGACAACGUCGUGGCCCCUCCCUCGCUUCCCAGUGCGCUCAGAGCGUUCGAGCGAGAUUUUCUCUCUCGAGCGGGUUUUGUGCCUGGGGUUCGAGAUUGGGAGGUGUGAUGACCGAGUUAAGUCCUUCCUUCCCAUUUUUCUCCCCUCCUUUCCUCCCUUCCUUUUCGGUCAGAAGCUGACUGUCUUGAAACUUGUUGCGCAGUGGAAGGCUGCGCACCUCUCCCUCUCUCUACUUUGCGCAGUAGCGAUUUUCGUUCUUGGAUGGAUCGGCAAGCCGGGUCGAUCGUCGUUGCGUUGGAGGCUUUGUGAAGUUCUCCCCUCUCUUUCCCCUUUCUCCCUUCCCUUCCUCUUCUCGUUCCUGUUGCUCGGUUGUUGACUACGCUUCAGCCACUUCUCCUUUUAUUCCUAAGUCGUGUGUUGGAUUCCGUCGAAUGGAUCGUUCGUUCGCGUUGGUCAAGAUCUACGGCAUGGAUCGGGAAGAAAGGUCGCUCGUUUUUUUGGUCAAUAUCCUCGCGUCAAGGCGAGGCUCGUUUCGUUGUAUUGGAUCGUUUUCGCUCGGCCCCGACGGCUCAACAGCCAGCACUCGAGACUCAGCCAAGGGAGGACAUCAGGCGCUGUCGGGGUGACGAGUAG